GUCGGAUUUGAAAACCUGAGGAGGCAGGCAAGAAGCAGCGAACAGGCGAUGAUGAGCAGCGUUCGUGCUGGCGAUGGCAGUCGCAGUGACUAUGCGGCGAUCCUGAAACGGCCCUCCUUCUCGGAGUUCAGCCAUCACAAAGAAGCGGUGCUGUGCUUGGACUGGGACUGCGAAGGAGGAAUGCUUGGAUCCGGAUCCAUGGACAAGACUGCUUGUGUGAUGCGAUUGACAGACCGCCUGACGAGGGAAUUGGAAUUGCGGGGACAUAGCGGGUCAGUGGACUUCCUCACGUGGCACCCCAACAACAAGUCCGUACUGGCAACGGCGUCAAGUGACCACCACGUCAAAUUUUGGGACGUACGCACGGGUCCCAAAUGCACUUCGACCGUCCCAACAAAGCGGCCCAGCAUCUGCGUCCGCUAUGCACCCGAUGGCAACACGCUCGCAGUCGUCAACUUGGAGGAUACGCUCAUGCUGAUUGACGCCAAGACGGGAAAAGUGACGAAGAGCAGGCAGUUCAACUACGAGGUGAACGAGUUCACGUGGGACAAGAGCGGAAAGCAUCUCUUCCUCACCAACAGACAAGGACGCGUUGAGGUGUACACGUUCCCAGAGCUGGAGCCAACUGACGUUGCCAUCACGGCGCACACCGCAUCGUGCACAUGCAUCAACUUUGAUCCAACACACAGGGACAUUCGCAAAGCUGAUUCCGUUGCACUCUUGGGCGCACUGUAG